GGGGCAUGCGCAGUACCGGUUCUGGCCCUGGCGAGGGGGACGCCACAUUGGAACGGCGAGGGGAGCGCUCCGGGCAGCGCCGGGCCGGGUACAGUGUGCGCCGCCUCCGCUCCUCCUGAGCCGCGCUCGCCUCGCCUCGCCCGGCUCUGCCCCCCGCCUCCGGCUGGCCGUCCUCCCUCCCUCCCUCCUCCCCGCCACACAUGCCGCUGCUCCCGGCCCGCGUCUAGCGCCGCUGCCGGGCCCGGCGCGCUGAGACGAGGGGGCGGGCGGCGAGCGGGCGGUGAGCGGGCGGCGGCGCGGCGCGGCGCUCUGGCCGGGCCGUGAGGGUCGGAGGCGGGCGGGCGUGGAUGGAUCCCCGCGUGGCCUGGAUCCAGCCCGAGCAGAAAGGCCCCGCGAAUGCGCUGUGGAUGCAGAUCUGGGAGACCUCGCAGGGCGUGGGGGGCCGGGGCGGCGCCAGCUUCCCGCACUACCUCUGCCUUAACUCCCCGGCGCUGGACUCCGCCGCCGCCGCCUCCCCGCCCCGCGGCCACAACUGCCUGCGGCUCGGGGCGCCCGGCGGCGGCGCCUGCUGCUCCUCCUCCUCGCCGCCUUCGCCUUCGCCUUCCCCUCCGGCACUGCUGACCGGACUGGUUCCCGCUGCCGCCGGCCCCGCAGCGGUGAACGGCAGCGGCGGCGGCGAGGGAGGGCGGCGGCUGCAGAAGUCGCCCUCUGUGUCUUCCUCGUCCUCCUGCUCGUCGGUGGAGUCCGGCACCGAGAGCCCCGGCUUCUCCUCCUCGGGAUCGUGCAGCGGCGGCGGAGGCGGCGGCUCCUCCUCUUCCUCCUGCGGCCCCCGGGCGGCGGCGGUGGCUCCUCCCGGGCUGCUGGGCAGCGGGGCCGGACCCGGGGAGUUUUUUAACUUCCACGAGAACAAAGUGAACGGUGUGAACGGGCACCAUCAGCCCCCCCACCUGGCGCGCAGCCCCCACCCGCCGCCGCCGGCGUCUCCCCAGCAGCACCAGUACCAUCCGGGCCGCAGGAAACGAGAGAAUAAAGCCAGCACCUAUGGGAUGAAUUACCUGCUCUCCGGCAGCCGAGGUGUCGCCGUCAACAACUCCCCCCACCAGCAGCGGCAGCCGCCUCAGCCAGCACUGCAGAGCCCUGGCACACCCUGGAAGACCAGGAAAUACAGCCCGGGCGUGCAGGGACUACAUGAAGAAAUAAUUGACUUCUAUGACUUCAUGUCCCCUCGUCCUGAAGAAGCAGCUAUGAGAAGAGAAGUAGUGAAAAGAAUAGAAACGGUCAUCAAAGAUCUUUGGCCUACAGCUGAUGUCCAGAUAUUUGGCAGCUUUAGUACAGGGCUUUAUCUUCCAACUAGUGAUAUUGAUCUAGUUGUUUUUGGGAAAUGGGAACGGCCCCCUUUACAGCUGCUGGAGCAAGCACUAAGAAAACACAAUGUGGCUGAGCCAUAUUCCAUUAAAGUACUUGAUAAAGCUACGGUACCAAUAAUAAAACUUACUGACCAGGAGACAGAAGUGAAAGUUGACAUCAGUUUUAAUGUAGAAACUGGUGUGAAGGCAGCUCGAUUUAUCAAGGAAUACAUGAAGAAAUAUUCUUUGCUGCCUUACUUGAUUUUAGUAUUAAAACAGUUCCUCCUUCAGAGGGACUUGAAUGAAGUUUUUACUGGUGGAAUUAGCUCUUACAGCCUAAUUUUAAUGGCAAUUAGUUUCCUGCAGCUGCAUCCAAGAAUUGAUGCCAGAAGAGCUGAUGAAAACCUUGGAAUGCUUCUGAUAGAAUUUUUUGAACUCUAUGGAAGGAAUUUUAACUACUUGAAAACUGGUAUUAGAAUAAAAAAUGGAGGUGCCUAUAUUGCCAAAGAAGAAAUCAUGAAAGUCAUGACUAAUGGAUACAGACCAUCCAUGCUAUGUAUUGAAGAUCCUCUCCUGCCUGGAAACGACGUUGGCAGAAGUUCUUACGGUGCCAUGCAAGUGAAACAAGUUUUUGAUUAUGCCUACAUUGUUCUUAGCCAUGCAGUAUCACCACUUGCAAGAUCAUACCCAAAUAGAGAUUCUGAGAGCACGUUAGGUAGAAUCAUCAAAGUGACCCAAGAAGUGAUUGACUACAGGGCCUGGAUUAAAAAGAAGUGGGGGAGCAAAAUUAAUUUAUCACCUGAACUUGAUAAUAGGUUGAAAAUAAGAGACCAGAUAGCUCCGUGCAAUGGAGAACAGCAACAGAACAGAGACUCUGAACCAUCUUACAACCAACGCUUGGCUUUGUCAUUGGCUAGUACACAACAGUUAUCCUCUGGCUCAUCUGCCUCUUCUGUAUCAUCACUCUCCGGCAGUGACAUUGAUUCUGAUACACCACCUUGCACAGCUCCUAAUGUUUACCAGUUCAAUCUGCAAGCACCGACUCAGCUUAUGGCCAGUUUACCACCCGCAUUGCCUAUGCCAAGUGGUAAACCCCAAUCCACGCCUACGAGAACCUUGAUAAUGGCCGCCAGUAAUCAGCAGCACAGUGGAAUGAAGUUUUCCAUGAAAGGAACUCAUAACCAAGGCAACAGCUACAGCCCUGUCAGCAGUGGAGGCAUGAGGCAACCAGUUGGUAACCGAGGACACCACCAGUACAAUCGUAAUAUAUGGAGAAGAAAAAAACACAGAGACAGUUUGCCUAUUAGUCUGAGCAGAUAAUGGCAGAUGCCAAAAUGACCUUCCCUGUUCAGACAAACUGAGUGAGUGCCACUCGACUUGAGGGAUGGAGACCAGCGUCCAGCACAUCGUUUUAUUGGUGUUGCCAAAUAUCUGCAGCUGACUUCUUUGCAUGUUUCUUUGUGUGGUGGUUCAGUCCAUCUUCAAGAAGUAGUUGUGCUUAUCUGUGAAGCCUUAUUAAAUGUGGAAGUUUGUUUUCUGCCUUCCCACAAUGGUUCAUACAGUGCCGAAGCAGCUCUGACAAUAGAACUGCAAGGACAUUCACAAACGCUGUGGCUUUUUUUGCUGUGGCUACAUCUGUUCCUUUGUGGGUUCUGUUUUCUUUUAUUUUAGAAGUGAAGGAAACUUCAGCCCCUUGGAAUUUUUUUCUUUGCAGCAGAUCAAGCUGGGAAUUCAUAAAAGUAAAUUUGCUGCUCUUCCUGUUUUUGUUUCAAAGUUCAGAAUUUCUUGCUCUGUAAAUAUUGGAGGUAUAAUUUGUGCAAUAACUUGGAAUUUUUAAUUUAAUUUCAUAUUGUCACAUAAAUUAUAUUUAAGGGGAAGAGGUUUUUUAAUUUACAGAUCCUUUCCCAGGUUGCAUUAUCUAAGUUGGGUUCAUAGUUUUGGCAGGUUGUCUGAGCAGUGUUACAAACAUGACAUUUGGUAAUAUUUGAGGCUUCUUGAUUCACAAUGAAAGUGCGAUUUGGCUUACCGUUUUAAGAAGGUAUUAAGCUCCAAAGCAUUUUGACCCUGUGUUUUUUAGCUCAUUGUCUGGCCUCUAUCAGUCGUCUUGCUCUGACCAAUGAAUUUUAAUUUUAUUCCUUUAAUUAGACAACAAAUCCAGCAUUGUAGUAUCAGAAGUAAAACUUUAGAAGGGGAGGGGGAAAAAGGUUGGUUCAAGUCCUGAUGUGAAAUUAAAAAGCUGUGAACUACAGGCUUUGAUGCAUUUUAGUAACGUAACCUGUUAAUGUUUGGGUUCAAACAACAUUAUUAAACAGAGGUACCCGGCUUAAGGAAUGUGGAGAAAGGAAAUAUGUUGAUUCCAUUAAGGAAUCUGUAUAGCAGUAUGCAUUAGUUCUGUUAAGAGCAAAUAUAUAAAAAGUACUUCAGCUGCUCUAAGCAUUACAAGAAGUAUCUUUUAAUGUAUUGCAGGAGAGCACAGCCCAGUGUUGUACACAGUAUGAGUGGCUGGCACUUAAUUUACAGAUGCAUACAGGUAUACUAUGCAAGUGUGUAUUGCCAUGACAAACACUGUCUUUAACUUUUUGAAAAAUGUACAUCCUGCCUAACCCUGAGUUUUUAAAGCACCACAGUUGUCCUGGGAGUAGGUCACAUCUCAUGCCCUCUGACUUCCCGUGUUUUUUUUAACGAGAGUUCUUAAGCUAUAUGGAAAACUACAGAUCAGUUCUCUAAAUCCACUAGCAGAGAAAGCUGAAGAAUCCUGUUAACAGGACAUCUAUACUGUGUACAGAUAUAGAAGGUUUUAAAACUGGUAUCUGAAUAUUAAAUGAGGUGUCAAGCAUGAAGCUUUUUAAUAUGCUGUAUGCCUUCGAAGCAGAAGUAGUUCAUGUUAUUACUGAAUCUGUCAAACACAAACAGGUCCUUGGGGGAGAGAGGGCAACAUUCCAAAGUAGAGUAGUGCAUAUCUGUUUGCAAAAAGUUUGUCUUAAUGCUCCAGACUCAUCACAAUUUAAAAAAAAAGGAAAAACUUUUAAAAAUUGUGAGCUGAUUCAUAAAUAAUAUCUAAGGGCUGUUACAUGAGCCUGUACUGCUUAGUCUUCACACACUAGCAAUAUUGAGCAUAACUACAUUAAAGAGCCUUCAAAGGCUUUAGUUGGUGUCUUAUACUAGUGUCCAUUUUAAAGCAAAACUCAUUUGAAAAGUGGUAUCAUGUAACACUUCGGUCAUGGUGAACCAAAUAAAUUGGCCUGGCUAUCACUGUGGUUAUGUGCUACAGGUUUCAAAAAAUCAUGUUUAAAUUUUUUGUGUGGACAACUAUGUGGAAGCUAAAAUUGACAUAUUUUUAUGUAAAGUUUUCUAUUCUUUGAUUUUUAAUAAACUUUGGAGACCAGUCA